AUGGAGAAGUUAAGUGAUGAAAUUUUAGUGAGAAUUUUUAGCUUUUUAUCGGCUCGAGAUCUUUGCAGAUGCUCCCAGGUAUGCAGUGUUGCUCAUUUUCGUGAAAAAAUGCUUGAUGUUCGCAUGCUUUUUUGCCAGGCGGGCGGGAAGUUUACGAGCUUGUUUACCCCAAACUUUUUUGUAAGAAUUGUUUUCAAUUUCUCUUGGGUAUUACGUUCGUCCCAACAGAAAGCGAAAACAAUGUUUGUGUUUAACUUUGUGGGGUAAACAAGUUGUAUUGUGGACAAUGUGAAAGAGCCGGCGAAUGUUUUUUGACUUGUGUUUUUGUGAUGUAUUUCUUUAGGUGUGUUCUGCAUGGUGUCGUCUGGCAAACGACUUUCAUUUGUAUCCUUUUUUGUAGUUGUUCAAUAUGGCUGUAGCCAAAAAGUUUAAUACGUGGUGUGAGAAAAUGCAACAAACACACGUCGCUCAAACUGCACAAUAUACUGAUACAUGUAUUUUAAACCUCUUUUGUCAGCUUCCCACCCCUGAUGUGUCCAUAUUUCUCCUGAUGCGUCUACAGUAGAACCCCUGGAACUCUGAAGCAAAAGGGGAGUUUGAGGGCGCGAUCCAUUCAACCAAAAUUCCAACCGGUCCGAUCGGGAAAAGUGGUCCACCUCAAAAGGUGGACCCGUUUUUUCCAAACUUUUCUGGUUGGGCCGAACUGAUCCAUUGAGUUUUGGACCGAAAUUUCCGGAAAUUUUGGUUGAAUGGAUCGCGCCCUGAGUUAGAGUAAAAACCCGCGACUAAGAACCUACAUUCUCCCAAUUUAGCCUAAACAGGUUCUUACAUAAAUGUUAGGUUCUUAAAUGGGUUCUUAUUUUCUGAUGAAGAAAAAGCAUGGUAGCUAUGAGUAUUUAGUGGUAUUCAGCUUAUUUCUUAUAUAAAAUCUGCAUACCAAAUUAGUACUCAAUAUUUAAUUUUAAUAUGUAAAAAUGACUUUGAGAAGAAGGACUGAUACCCUGCGAGCAGAGGCCCUUCGAUCUUCCUAGAUAAGUCGGGAUCGAUCUUCAUAGAUAAGUCCUCUUCCUGACUUAUCUAGGAAGACAGAAGGGCCUCUGCUUGCAGGGUUAAGGUCUGAAGAACUGACCGCAUGAAUUUGAAGUCCUUUGGCCCAAGCAUAGGCAAUUAAUUUUUAUUAUAGAUUUUAGAAAAUAUUUAACUGUUUCAAAUUUUAGGCUAAAUUGGUUCCUUUCUUGAGGGGGCCUAACUGAAAAAUUUUAGCCUAAAAGUUUCUUAAAAUUAGGAUCUUGGUUGUGGGUUUUUACAGUAUUCAAGUUCAAGUUACUGAGGUUCUACUGUAUUUAGAAGCGUGUAAGAUACAUUUGGUUCUCAUUCAAUUUUGUACAUGUGUAAAAGCAAAGGAAGUUUUAUUUAAUUUAACAAACCAUGUACAUGUUACUAUUCAUUGUUGAGAAAUGAAUUAUGGCAAAUUUGGAUAGAACUUGUUAACUGAUUUUCCUUGACUUAAAAAAACUUGUUCCUGCAUACAGAUGGAAAAAAUUAUUUAUUGAAACUUUUGACAAGUUUAUCUUAGACCCUUCUUACUAUAACAAUGUGUAUCCAACUCAGUGGAAGGAAUUGUUUAUACUACGAUCAAACUGGUUCAGUGGUCACUGCCAUGUUCAGAGUCUCCAUAGAAAGACUGUCACCUCACAACAGAAGGAGUUCUCAAGAAUUAUCUGCUUAAAAAUCUCAAAUUGUGGCGGUAGCUUUUUAGCAAGUGUCAAUCAUGACUCUAAAUUAGUGCACUUGUGGAGUUUAAUCAACAAGAAAUCACUUCAUGUGGUCUUUUGUGAAAGCAUUGUUGGUUGUGUGGACUUUGGAAGUGAACGUUCAAGAAACUUACUGGCCAUUGGCCUCUUUAAUAACAAGGUGUGUACAUGUAAGAUCAAACUUGAACCAAAAACAAAAUUCAAUCACAAAAUUUACUAGUAAAGAUAACCACUUUAUAACAGUCCCAAGUUUUUUCUUGAGGUCACAUCAGUGUUGUUUGAACAUUGAACUAAUGUACUAUAUCUGUUAACCUCACAACAUACCUAAGUUUGUUAAAUUGGUUUUGUCCAGAUGCAAAAAAAAAAAGAAAAAAUUAUCCAUUUAUGUACCCUAACUAUAGCCAGUACCUUGAUCAUGUGGAAGUGUUAAAAAUCAGUGAUAUCAAAAUUAAGAUCAAUCAAUGUUCUGACAUCUUUACAGCCCAUUUUACUUUUACAGUUGGAAACGAGACUGGAGUUGACCUUGUUUUGAUACAUUGCUUCUUGUUUUAUUAUGUAAAUCAUGUUGUUCUUAUGCUAACUAGUAUUUUUUUUAGCAAAAUUUAGACCUCAGCCUCACCUUCCCUCAAAGGCUAGGACACUAAGCCCACAACUUUAAAAUGGCCUAUUCAUUUACAAUCAGGGCUGAGUUGUUCGAAGGCUGAUUAGCACUUAACCCGGGGUUAAAAUUAACCCGGGUUUCUUUAUCUUGUGUUCAAAAGCAUUUUCUCGUAUAAUUUUCUGUGCUAUUUUUAGAGCUUCCAAUCAUCAACUUGUAGACAAAAAGAAUUAAAGCUGAAAUGCUUUUUAAGCUUUCAAAACUUAAUUCAAAUAUCGCACUAACCGUGGGUUAUCUUAACCCAGCUUUGAACAACUCGGCCCAGGUUUACCUGGAAAAAACAUUGAUAUCAUGUUUAUGGUCUUAACAACAACAACAACAACAACAACAAAUUUUAUUGAAAAUUGGAAAUACAACUAAUUAAAUUACUUUCCCACCCUCAAAUAGCUUAUAAACUAAUCGAGGCGGGGGAGAGCUGAAGACAUAUUACAAGUACAAGGUUUAUCUAUAGAUAGACUAAAUAACAAUAAAGACACUACUAUACAGGAAAUAGAAUAAACUAACAUAAAACAAGGCAAGUACGUAACAAUUAGGAAGAGAGGGUAACCUAUUUAGUAUUAAAUAACUUAAUAAGAUGGGAGACUUCAACAUAAUCAUCUUCUGACUGCAAGAAAUUUAGUAAUAAUUCCUUUAUCUUUUUACAAAAGGAUGAACGUUUAAGUAUUUUAAUCGAAUAAGGAAUAAAGUUCUUAAAUAUUUGCAGGAUAUUCAAAAAAUGUUAUCUGUGUGUCAACACAGAAUAGGAUUCUUUGAUACAAUACUUUGAAUAACUAAUACUUUGUUUUAUUUCCAGUUCUGCCUUUGGGAUUUCCAUAGGGAGAAGUUUCUCCUAACUCAGGUUAAUUUAUCAGAGAUUUCAAGAGAGUUUACUCCAAGAAAUAACACCUCCACCCCUAAUACUGCUGUGUGUCGUGUCAAUCUAGUGGAUAACAAGAUUGCAACAGUUACAACUCAGUGUAUUGUUAAAGUUUGGCAGUUGGAUUUCAUUAAAAGUGGUCAGCUUUCUUGUCUUUGUCUCCAUACUCUGACAACUUUUAAACCAAGGUACCAGUAAUAAUAUGAACUUGAGUUAACGCAGCUACUAUUAAAUAGUAUUAUAACAUUAUAAUCAAAUUUUGAUUAUAAUAUUGGGGCCGAACAGUCUGUGAGUUUGUGAGUGAUGGGAAAAAGAUAAAGUUUUAUGAAAUAAUUUGCAAAUACAUGAAAAAUGUUUCCUGCUUAGUUCCUUAUGGGUAUGUGCGGUUUUGCUACUGGAAUAUUUGAAGAAUUACUCAGUCUUGGUUGACUUACAAAGAUUAAGGUUAAGUGCCCAUUUUACUGACUUGAGUUAAGCACUCAUUUUACCGAUUAGAGUUCAGCACUGUUUAGGGUUAAACACUUACAUAUAUUUACCUUGGUUAGCUUUUUGUUUUUUUUUUUCAUAUCACUGCUUUUUAAAUUUGUUUUGUAAUUUUCUUGCAUGGCUCUCAUGGUUCUCUGGCACCACACUGUGUCCUAACUUGUUUUAUUUUUCAAUAAUGAGCUGCAUGACCAGGGAUGUAGCUUGAGAUUUUGAAGGUGUAUGCACACGGGGAGAAAAGUUGUAGUGUCAAAGGUAGCCCAACCUAGGGGGUCUGGGGACAUGCUCCCCCGUUAUGGACUUGGAAAUGCCAUUUCCAGCAUUUAUAAUUAUAAUAUUAUUAUAUCAUAUUAUGUGUAUACGUUUAAGGUGGCUCGAUAUGGUUUUUCAAGGUCAAUACCUCCCAAGUUUGAGCGUAAGCUCAUCGCCAUAAGCAAAGAUUUGGAAAAAUUGACACCACAGUUGUGUUAGAUGAAGAUGAAAAUUUGUUAUGAUCAGGGUUGCAAUGACAUCGGAGUUGUCAUAGCAACGAAAUGACGCCAUUACCUAUUUUACUUGCAACAGUAUUUCUCAGCACUGGGAACUGUUCUUCCAAAAUCGUUUACUGGAGCUUUUUCCCACAAUAGCCGCCUCGAUGUUAGUGAAGUUUAAGCGAAAUCUGUAAGAGCGUUAUCGAGAUAUUUCGGGAAGAAGUUUUUAUGGUUAGAAAUACAGUAAAAAAUGGACAAUCUUGAUGUUCGACUGUUAUCUGUACUAAACGAAGCGCUUUUGACAUGCAAUUUCACCUCAUAGUAGUUUCAAUCUUUUUAAAAACGUGUGUGAAAGAUCACGGAGAUACCUCCAGCCGAUUACUAGAAAGAAGGAUUUGAUUAUUAUGUAUCAAGGCGCUCUUUUUAGCAGUAAUGUAAACAUUUCGGUCUACUUUAACAAAUUAGUGAAUAAUUUUUAAGGCGCUCGAUAAAUUUUUUAGAAAAUUUAAGAAUCUUGAGACUAACCGUCCUUUUAUAUGACCUCUCUAGUUUCAAGAUUACUGAUAUACUGUAAGGCAAUAAAAUAAGGGCUUGAAUUCGAUAAUAUUUUGUCAAGAGUUUUGUGUUUACAAGUGAUAGCCUCUCAUUAUUCAGGGGUAUUGUCUCCAAAAUUCAUAUUUUCGUGCACAACAAUAGCUAGCUUUUUUGCAUAUAUCAAAUGCAUUGUUAGUUACUGCUGUUCAUGUGAAAAUGAAACCUUGAGACAAUACCCCUGAAUA